GGCAAGAUUUAGGCAGAAGCGGUGUCUGUACAGCUGCUGAAAUCACUUCAAGACGCAAUGCAACGGAGCAGUCUUUUCCAAUUAAUAUUCAUGUUUAGAACGGUUAACACUUACAUUUGUUACAUAUUUUGAUACGAUGAGUUUGAGUCUCUAUUGCCUUCUGCCUUUAGCGAUGUCGUAAUAACACAGCAAGAGAAGGGCGCCUGCACUUGGGAACUCCUCAAAUUGCGGAUUUGAUUGUGAGAAGUCUGGGUAACUAUUUUACCAUAGCAAUACGCUAUUCAUCUCUACGGAUGACUGUACCAUGUGCAAGAAAGUGUGUUAAAGAACGUGCUACAAGGUGGUGGAUAUGCAUUUUAGGACUUCCCCAGAAUAUAUCCCAAUGGAUUAUUAACAGUGAGUUUUAGUCUACUCCGUUUCUACAUGUUUUCAGGACAGACGAUGGCAACGCUUUGGACGAUGUUGGCCGCGCGCAGCUCAAGGAAGUAGGUUAGCUUUAGGCUAAUUAAUCUGAACACCGACCAGGCAUCAUUUCGUUUGAUAGCCUAUUGCGACAACACGGAAAACAAAUUACAUAUACUUUCCAUCAACAUACAAGGCGUUUUUAAUCGCAAUGAACACAACAAUGGAGCACACUGGAAUUGAAGAAGUAAACCAGACACACCAGCAGCAUGAGCCCAUCAGUUUUGGAAUAGACCAGAUUCUGAACAGCACGGACCAGUCCAGUAGCUGCAUGCUCCCCAAUCGAACCGGCGACCCGGAUUACACUAUCGCCCCAAACGUUUACACCAAUGGCUACAACAGCGUUUAUAACCCGGCCUGCUCCAUGGCGGCGGGGCUUGCGGGUUCCUAUAACGUGAACAUGAACAUGAAUGUCAGCAUGAACAUGAACGUUAACGUUAACGGUGGGAACGCCGGUGGUGUUAUCAGGGUACCAGCUCACAGGCCCAUGCCACCGAAUCCGCAUCCGCCCCCUCCUAGCCAUCCAUCUGGCCUUGCGGCUGGCAUCCCUUCGGUGACUUCGAUGCCAAGUAUGGGAAAUGCGGCAAACUUUACCUUCCCGUGGAUGGAAAGCAGCAGACGGUUUGCAAAGGACAGACUUACUGCGGAGCAGGCAGAGGAAAGACAAGCAGGAGACCUCGGUGGGAGGCCAGCACCUCCUCCGGCGCUGCCAGGCCUCUGCCCUCUGCCCAAGGGGGACAUCGGCAGGGUCCCUCCCUGGAGCUCUAUGGAGACUUUAGCCAAACACUAUUACCCCGAACUUGCUCACCUGCGAGACUCCGGCCCCCUUGCAGAAUAUCCCUUUCGAAAGGGUUCUUGUCCAGUCUUUCUCUCCCUUUCCGCCUCAGCAGCCCUUUCGCCGUUCUCCGUGACCCGGCGCAUCGGCCACCCCUAUCAGAACCGGACACCGCCCAAGAGAAAAAAGCCCCGCACCUCGUUUAGCCGAGUGCAGAUCUGCGAGCUGGAGAAACGCUUUCACCGACAGAAGUACCUGGCAUCGGCGGAGCGCGCCACCCUGGCAAAGGCCCUGAAAAUGACAGACGCUCAGGUCAAAACCUGGUUCCAGAACAGGAGGACAAAAUGGCGGAGACAGACAGCAGAGGAGCGUGAGGCGGAGAGGCAGCAGGCCAACCGGCUGAUGUUGCAGCUCCAACAGGAGGCCUUCCAAAAGACCCUGAGCCAACCUCUGCAGCAGGACCCCCUGUGUCUGCACAACUCCUCCCUGUACGCUCUGCAGAACUUACAGCCCUGGGCAGAGGACAACAAGUCACCAGCCAUUCAGGCGGAUCCAUUCCCGGACUGCAGUUUGCAAGUACCAUUGUGGAAUAUCUCAAAGGUUCCUCAUGACUUACAUUUAAAAGUUGUUUUAUAUUAAAUGAUAGUGACUUUUUGAAAAGAUUAUCAAAUCUGGAAGUCUCUUUUAUGUUGGCUGUGGUUUUCUUGUGACUGAAAGGAUGACUACAUAAUUUCACACAGUGGGAAUGUCCUUUGCUCUUGGAUUACAAUAUGUAUAUAUAUUUAUAAUUUAUUGUGCCUCACAUUUAUUGUGUUAUUUGUUUGAUUUCCAUAUUCUAUCAUUUCAGACUUAAUUUCCAUACCCAAAUAAGCUGUGGGCUUCACUCCUAGCAUUUGGCAGAAAAAUAUACAUUCUUUUUAAUUGCUUUUGAGAGAAAAAACAGUAAUGUUCAAUGCGCCAUACAAGUGAAAAUCUCACUUUUUCUACAGAAAAUACGAUGGUCAGAGCUUACCCGUGAUGUUUACGUAAUCAGUUUAGUGAAAUUAGGAUAUUUUCAGAGAUGAUGUGCAAUUUCAUUUCAACCUAUGUUAUGGUUCAUGAUUCAGUUUUAUUUAUAAAGUUAUAAUUGAGUCACAUUGCCGUUUAACAAAUGGAACUACGGUUGCAAUGUUGUUUUUGCACCUACACUUUUUGAACAAUCAAAGUAUCAUAUUUGAUUUUCAGCUAGUAUAUACAUCUGACCAUUUUUUAAAUGGGUAAAUUGUGUGAUAUAACUGCAUUUUCGAUCACUGUGCCCCCGGUUGUGCCCUGAGACUAAUUGUUUUGACCGCUAACGGAAACAGGCUAAUAUAUUUAGCAUGCCCCGCGUUGCCUCAAGACAGGCAUGGUUUGGUCAUUCUCGGGCAAUAUUGACUAGCUCGGGUCUCCAAAUACUGGCAAUCCACAACAUUGGAUUUGCCGCAAUUUAGCCAGCCAGGGGAGAAUCACGGAGUUCCCUGCAGGGUACACUUGAAUUUACUUGAUCGCUAGGCCUGCUGUUGGAACCUCGCUAAAGCCUCACUUGGCCACCUUCAUGGACCACGCAGCCUGGAUGAAAUUUGCGUAGGCUUUCGCUGAAAACGAAUGGACCAUUUCGCCCAACGGUUCCCCCCUCUGUGAGUGCCAGAGAAGAAAAAACUAAUCAGACAAUGUCAGCCUUCAACAGCUGAGGGGUACCACUGUAUGUAGUUGCUGCUCCCCUUCACGUUGGUGUCACUAUGUACCCGUCCACCUUUUUUUUUUAUAUACCGUGUAUUAGCAAUCUGUAUCAGUCUUCAAAGGUAGAAUAUAUUGUAAAACAAGAAUUUCCAGUCUAGGAUGGAAUAAUGUCAAAACAAAUGGGACAGUCAUUACAAAAAGGUUCAUCCCAGGCACUUGCAUGCUUGUUAAAGCAUAAUCAGAUGCGGUCACUGCAUACUCAUAACAGUGGAACAUAACACUGUGAAAAUUUGAGGGUCUGAAUUACCAUAACUCUGUGGGUAACUGAGAUUGAGCUAUAAUAAUGGUAAACACUUGAAUAGGAUUCAAGAGUAAAUCAUACAGAUUGACAUUAUUAAACAUAUAAAAAUAGAUUAAAUACAUAGCUUUGAACCAAAGCAACACCAAAACGCAUCAUGGGUAAAUUGUGACUGACUGACAGUGUGUUGUUAUUUAUGGUGAAAAGGUAAUUUGCAGAUCAAUGAACUGGCAGACGCCUGCAGACAUUUUGUUUCUUUUGAACACAGUCAAGGAUUACAGACUGAAUGAGAUGUUAUUGUAUGAAUUAAUUAAUGCAAACUAAUAGCGUGGAACGUAAUAAAUUGGGGAACAUAUAAAAUGUUAAAUAUAAUAAUGUAUACAAUAAAA